UCUGCCUCGCUGGUGAUGUCAUAGCUCCUCGCUGCUUAGCAUCUCAGCCUCGGCUGGUCAACAGAGCCAUUUUGCCUUGUGGAUCACUGAGCGCAGCGGCUGGUCCCUGUCGCCCCCGCUCCCCGACCCCCUCCCCCUUUCGGACACGGCAGUCGGUACCAGGCCCCACAGCGCAUCCGGCCGCACCCGCUCCCAGCGACUCGUAAGCCGGUCCCCCCGCUGCUCGGGCGUGAGGAACAGGGGAGACUGAACGGAGGCUGAGGCAGCAGGGACAGAGGAAACGCGACACCGAAAAGGUUGCGACAGCGUCGGCCCUCGUCCAAUCAGCAGCCCCCCCUGGACUGCAAAGCGGGGGCACCAUGGCAGGCGCCUCGGUCAAGGUGGCGGUGCGCGUGCGCCCCUUCAACUCGCGGGAGAUCGGGCGCGAGAGCAAAUGCAUCAUCCAGAUGACGGGGAACACCACCACCAUCAUCAACCCCAAGCAGCCCAAGGAAAACAAGAGCUUCAACUUUGAUUUUUCCUACUGGUCUCAUACCUCGCCAGAAGACAUCAACUAUGCGUCUCAGCAGCAGGUGUACCGGGACAUCGGUGAGGAGAUGCUGCUUCACGCAUUUGAGGGCUACAACGUCUGCAUCUUCGCAUACGGCCAGACGGGAGCCGGCAAGUCCUACACCAUGAUGGGCAAGCAGGAGCCUGCACAGCAGGGAAUCAUACCGCUGUUGUGUGAAGACCUCUUUACCAAGAUCAAUGACAGCAAUAACGACAACAAUAUGUCCUACUCCGUAGAGGUCAGCUACAUGGAGAUCUACUGCGAACGUGUGCGGGACCUGCUUAACCCCAAGAACAAGGGGAACCUGCGUGUGCGGGAGCACCCUCUGAUGGGGCCCUAUGUGGAGGACCUAUCCAAGCUGGCUGUCACCUCUUACAAUGACAUCCAGGAUCUGAUGGACUCCGGCAACAAAGCCAGAACGGUGGCUGCCACCAACAUGAACGAGACUAGCAGUCGCUCCCACGCGGUCUUCAAUAUCAUCUUCACCCAGCGAAGACAUGAUGCCGAGACCGAUAAUACCAGUGAGAAGGUCAGCAAAAUCAGCUUGGUGGACCUGGCUGGGAGUGAGAGAGCUGACUCCACAGGGGCCAAAGGGACCCGGCUGAAGGAAGGAGCAAAUAUCAAUAAAUCCUUGACUACCUUGGGAAAAGUUAUCUCUGCACUGGCUGAAGUGGAUUCAGGACCAAACAAGAACAAGAAGAAGAAGAAGGUGGAGAGUUUUAUUCCGUACAGAGACUCGGUGCUGACCUGGCUGCUCAGGGAGAACUUAGGGGGAAACUCUCGAACUGCAAUGGUGGCCGCCCUUAGUCCCGCGGACAUCAACUAUGACGAGACUCUCAGCACGCUGAGGUACGCUGACCGGGCCAAGCAGAUCCGCUGCAAUGCCGUCAUCAAUGAGGACCCCAACAACCGGCUGGUGCGCGAGCUCAAAGAGGAGGUGUCCAGGCUGAAGGAGCUGCUGUAUUCUCAAGGCCUUGGGGACAUCAUUGAAACAUAUCGGGGCACAGACACCGAGGUCCCUGGUCUGAAACACUUGAUCGGUUACAAGAACCAAAACAGUAGUCUCCGGGCUGUCAAUCAAAGGGGUGAUCUCUCCACAGUGACCAAUGCCAUGACGGGGAUGAGCCCCUCCCCCUCACUCUCCGCCCUGUCCAGCCGAGCCGGAUCCAUCAGCAACCUGCACGACCGCAUCAUGUUUGCUCCAGGCAGUGAGGAAGCCAUCGAGCGUCUCAAGGAAACCGAAAAAAUCAUUGCAGAGCUCAAUGAAACCUGGGAGGAGAAGCUACGUCGUACCGAGGCCAUCAGGAUGGAGAGGGAGGCGCUGCUGGCUGAGAUGGGCGUGGCCAUGAGAGAAGACGGAGGUACCCUGGGAGUCUUUUCACCUAAAAAGACGCCUCACCUGGUGAACCUUAACGAGGACCCCCUGAUGUCGGAAUGUCUGCUCUACUAUAUCAAAGAUGGGAUCACCAGGGUGGGACGCGAGGACGCCACCAGUCGCCAGGACAUUGUCUUAAGUGGACACUUUAUUAAAGAUGAGCAUUGCACCUUCACCAGCAGCAUCAGCCCUACUGGAGAAGCAAUAGUCAUUCUCGAGCCUUGCGAUGGGGCAGAGACAUACGUCAAUGGGAAGAGGGUGAGCGAGUCCACUGUGCUCCGAUCAGGAAAUCGCAUCAUCAUGGGGAAGAGCCACGUCUUCCGCUUCAACCACCCGGAGCAGGCGAGGCAGGAGCGAGAGCGCACUCCGUGCGCGGAGACGCCGAUGGAGCCGGUCGACUGGGCCUUCGCUCAGAGAGAACUGCUGGAGAAGCAGGGCAUCGACAUGAAGCAGGAGAUGGAGCAGAGGCUACAAGAGCUUGAAGACCAAUAUCGGAGGGAAAGAGAAGAAGCCAAUAAUCUGUUAGAGCAGCAAAGACUGGAUUACGAGAGUAAGCUAGAAGCCCUACAGAAGCAAGUGGACUCGCGCUAUUACCCAGAAACCACAGAGGAAGAGGAGGAGCCGGAAGAGGAAGUUCAAUGGACCGAGCGGGAGACGGAGCUGGCGCUCUGGGCCUUCCGCAAAUGGAAGUGCUACCAGUUCACGUCCCUGAGGGAUCUGCUGUGGGGCAACGCCAUCUUCCUGAAGGAGGCCAAUGCCAUCAGCGUGGAGCUGAAGAAGAAGGUCCAGUUCCAGUUCGUCCUGCUCACAGACACGCUAUACUCACCGCUCCCUCCUGACCUCCUGCCCCCCGACGCAGCUAAGGACAGAGAGAAACGCCCCUUUCCUCGCACCAUCGUGGCGGUGGAGGUGCAGGACCAGAAGAACGGUGCCACUCAUUACUGGACCUUGGAGAAGCUCAGGCAGAGGUUGGAACUGAUGCGGGAGAUGUACGACAGAGCUGCCGAGGUUCCCAGCAGCGCCAUCGAGGACUGUGACAACGUGCUGACAGGCGGAGACCCGUUCUAUGACCGGUUCCCCUGGUUCCGUCUGGUGGGCAGCACCCCCAUUUUCAACACGUGCAUGAGCGAGCGCAUGACCGAUCUCACCCCCUCCCCCACCUUCUCCGACCCCGACUCUGACAUUACCGAGCUCGCCGACGAGCGGCAUGAUGGGAAGGCGGAUGAGGAGGAGGAGGAGGAGGGGGAGGAGGAGCAGUUGGAGGACCUGGACGAUGAGAUCUUUUUGGACGACCCGUGCUCGGAGCUGGGGGCAGAUGAGAGCGAGCACUGCCGGGGUUCCAGCGAAGGCCAGGACCCCUUUUACGACCGCUCGCCUCUGUUCAGUGUAGUGGGAAGGGCAUUCGUGUAUCUCAGCAACCUGCUGUACCCCGUGCCCUUGGUACACCGGGUAGCCAUUGUGAGUGAGAAGGGAGACAUCAAAGGCUUCCUGAGGGUUGCAGUGCAGGCCAUUUCAGCUGACGAGGAGGCUCCCGACUACGGUUCAGGAGUGAGGCAGUCAGGGACUGCCAAGAUCUCCUUUGAAGACCAGCAGUUUGAGAAGUUCCAGAUAGAAUCUUGUCCCUUGGGCUUGUCUCGCUCGGGGACAUCGCAGGAAGAGCUCCGCAUUGUAGAAGGACAGGGACAAGCAUCGGAAAUAGGUCCUUCUGCAGACGAGGUCAACAACAACACGUGUGCUGCCAACCAAGAUGAGCUGGAGAGUCCAAUGAAGGCCAACCAGGAUGGACCAGCAGAUGGUUUCCUGGAGCACCUGAGAAUUGGCAGUGUCUUCACAUUCAGAGUGACAGUCCUGCAGGCGUCCAGUAUCUCUGCUGAAUAUGCCGACAUCUUCUGCCAGUUCAAUUUCAUCCACCGGCAUGAUGAAGCGUUCUCCACAGAACCUCUGAAGAAUACGGGCCGUGGGCCACCGCUGGGGUUCUACCAUGUCCAGAAUAUUGCAGUGGAAGUGACUAAAUCUUUUGUGGAGUACAUCAAGACCCAGCCCAUCGUAUUUGAAGUGUUUGGUCAUUACCAGAAGCAACCUUUCCCGCCUCUCUGCAAGGAUCCCUCAAGCCCGUUGCGACCAGCAAGGAGACAGUUUCCGAGAGUGAUGCCGUUGUCGAAACCAGUGCCAGCCACGAAGUUGAGCAACCUGACACGCCCCACGGCCGGGCCCUGCCACUGCAAGUAUGACCUCAUGGUGUUCUUCGAGAUCUGCGAGCUGGAGGCCAACGGAGACUACAUCCCCGCCAUGGUGGACCACAGGGCAGGCAUGCCCUGCCACGGCAUUUUCCUCCUGCACCAGGGCAUACAGAGAAGGAUCACAGUGACCAUCGUCCAUGAGUCAGGCAGAGAUAUCGAGUGGAAGGAGGUCAGGGAACUGGUUGUAGGACGCAUUCGCAACACUCCGGAGGCUGAUGAGACCAUCAUUGACCCCAACAUUCUGUCCCUCAACAUUCUCUCCGCUGGCUACAUCCGCCCCAAGCAGGAUGACAGGACCUUCUACCGCUUUGAGGCAGCCUGGGACAGUUCCAUGCACAACUCCUUGCUGCUGAACCGCGUCACUCCUUACGGGGAGAAAAUAUACAUGACCCUGUCUGCUUACCUUGAGAUGGAGAACUGCACCCAGCCCACAGUGGUAACCAAAGAUUUCUGCAUGGUAUAUUACUCCCGAGAUGCUAAACUUCCUUCGUCUCGGUCGAUCCGCAACCUCUUUGGCAGCGGCGGCCUGAAGGCAUCUGAGAGCAACCGUAUCACUGGGGUAUACGAGCUCAGCCUGUGUCACCUGGCAGAUGCCGGGAGCCCAGGCAUGCAGAGGAGGCGGAGGAGGGUCCUCGACACAUCUGUGGCCUACGUCCGCGGGGAGGAGAACCUGGCCGGCUGGCGGCCUCGCAGCGACAGCCUCAUCCUGGACCAUCAGUGGGAGCUGGAGAAGCUCAGUCUGCUGCAGGAGGUGGAGAAGACCCGGCACUACCUACUCCUGAGGGAGAAGCUUGAGAGCAGCCUGAUGCUGGGCCAGGACUCCCUGUCGUCCUGCGGCAGUGACGACCUGAGCGACUCCUCGCAGUCCUCGGCCGACAGCAGCUUGUCCGGACCCAGCUUGGUUCCCAGCGCCCCCAGCGAGAGGCAGCUGGAGCUGGCCGCCAAGUGUCUGAAGCUGCUCACUCACACCUUCAACCGCGACUACAGUCACGUGUGCGUCAGCGCCAGCGAAAGCAAGGUGAUGCAGCAGCUGUCUGAGAUGUCGGUGACACUCCUGAGAGAUUCCUCUGCCUCCGGCCUGAGCACUAUGACGCCUUCCUCUACCUGCCCGUCACUGGUCGAUGGUCUCUAUGGCAAUGCUGAGCCCAGAACCCCAGAACUGCACUCCCGUUCUAUCAGCCCUGAAUUCGACCCACUCCUGGAGGGAGAUCUGAAGAAAUCCCCCAGUGGUGGUUUGGAGGCCAAAACAAGAGUUCGCACAUUUGUCCCUGACAUCCAGGAGAUCCGAGUCAGCCCCAUCGUAUCCAAGAAGGGUUACCUGCACUUCCUGGAGCCCCACACGAACGGCUGGGUGAAGCGCUACGUUGUGGUCCGCCGACCUUACGUCUACAUCUACAACACGGAGAAGGACACCGUGGAGAGGGCCAUCCUUAACCUGUCCUCUGCACAAGUGGAGUACAGCGAGGACCAGCAGGCCAUGCUGAAGACGGCCAAUACAUUUGCGGUGUGCACCGAGCAUCGUGGGAUACUGCUUCAGGCCAGCAACGAUAAAGAAAUGCAUGACUGGUUGUACGCAUUUAACCCUCUCCUCGCCGGAUCCAUCAGAUCAAAACUUUCCAGAAGAAGAUCUGGACAGAUGAGGAUGUGAUGUCACUCUACUUCAUCAGCCCACAGCGAGUUUUCUCGAACAGAUUGAUAAAGACUAACCAUGUAUAUAGAUCACCUGACUAAACACCCAUUACCAUGCUAUCUCAGCCCCCCAGCCUUCCCACGUUCCCAAAGCCAACCCUCCCCCACACACACCUAUAAGCUGCCUGUACCCGCACAUGCUCAGUUGAUGAUGGUCAAAACAAGACUGAAUGCAAGGCCUCCAUCUUCGCUGUGUACAUUGCUUCUGGCGCUGUCAUUAAUAGGCCAGUUAUACGUACUUUACGGAGAUUUCAAGGCCCUACGUUAAGGAAACUUCCGAGUCAGGGGAGCAAAGGAUGUUGGUAUGGAAUGUGUCUUUUCCACAUGGAACUCGUGCAACAGUUGAUACACACUUUUGCAUAUUAUGUAUUGACAUGAGCCCCAGUGUCUUUUCACCCCACAAUAGCACGUAUGUUAAUUUGAUGAAUUUAAGAUAAAUUGAUUGUCUUUCCCCACCACCGGAACCUCAGCUACCUUAAGAGUGCAAACAGAAGCACUCUCUCCAUGAGAAUGUAUAACUUCAUAGGUGCUUUUGUCAAGUUGAAGUCGGUAAACAUCAAGUAUUUGCGGUUGAAUUUCCCAAGAGCCUCGGUACACUGCGGCAAUGUGGCGUUAGACUUCGUACUUGACAUGUUGCGUUGCCUGGGAAACACCUGUGUUGUUUUGUCCAGCUCAACUCACUCAGGCAUAAGGAUCAGUAUCUUUUGACAAAACUGCUUUUGGGCUCACUAGUAUACAAUAGUGUCUCAUUACUCCGUUACCGAUGAAUGAUGACACCAGUUAGCACCUCCGGUGAUCCCGUUAUCCUUAAUGGUAGCUUUUUUAAGAUCCGUUAAAUUCAACACCCCCUGUCUUUAUGUCGUUCGUGAGUCUGGUCUCUCAUUUGUGUUGUCAGAUUUUUAUUUAACCGCAUUAAUUUAUAUAAGCAUUUAUUUAUUUAGAAAGUUGUUUAUAUUUUUAUCGAUCUAUGAAGCGGUUUCUGCAUAUAGCACUUUCUGUCACGACUUUCCGUAAGUUAACUUAACCAAAAAAGGGUAGAAUAAGUGAAGAUCAUUUUGGCUGCUAUGCUGAGUACAUAAACUAAAUUGUGCUGUUCUGUUUCACAAAAUUAUGAGUCCAUAGUCCGAGAAAUAGUUUUGAAACGCUUGACUUUCUUUGACCUCGGAUAAAACAGACAUUAACGACGAUUAUUCGGACUAAAGGCCCCCCCCAGGUAAUUGUUACUGAUCACUAGCAUCGUGUGGUGUUGCAUCCUUUACUCUCCCCAUGCACAAAACAAGAUACAAUGGAGGUAUUUAGGUUGGUAAAAACCUGUGAGUAAAAGUGUACCUGCGUAUGAAAUCCGUUGGGUAGCGCCAACCCUUUUGGUCACCGCCAUGAGCAUUGCUUUUGGGACCUUACAAGUUCUGCCGGUGUGAUGUCCACUGCUUGCCUGUCUUCUCUUUGAUAGAGAAAUAUACACAUUUUUUUCUGUAAAAUAUAGUGUAGAUGUAAUGCACUAACUGUGCCUCUUUGGAGUCUUUGAGUUGCAAAUGCAAUUUUAGCGUAUCUUAAAGUGACUUGCAUCAAUUACAAAUCUAGACAGCUACUUACUGGUGUUACGCUAGGGACACAUCAACUCAUGUACUGUACGCAGCCUCAUUUUUACUUCUGAGAAUGUUUCCCACCUUCACCUUAAUCUCUGUGGCCUGUCUGUCUUGGUUUUCCAUUUCAGUUUUUAAUGCGUUGAAGAGUUUUUCUGUUGUCUUCUUCCAGCUGAAUGUUCUUAGAACCAUUUUUUUUUGUUAUUUUUUUGGAAAGCUUCCCAGAAAGAUGCCGUCUACCAGAACCCACUAGCAGUGUCUGCCCCUUUCAUCACCUGACUACCCUGUCCAAACUACAACAGGAACUUCUGGGCAGGAGAACUGGAAACUGCUUAUUCUGAAGGUCUAGAAGAGCAUUCGGGCUUUGAGAGAAAGAGUAAUGACUGGUUAAGGGCAUUGUCGUUCCCAUCUUGUUGACUUCCGAGAUCUCACCCGGAAGCUCGGACAGUAAUGUUGUGUAUUUGGAUAUCCCAAGGGCCAUACAAGCAUACAGGCUGCAUUCUACUGUGCAAACAUGCCCUUGGCCAACCAACCAUCGGCAUGUCUUGAGGAUUGCUACCUGUAUGUUUCCAUAGUGACACUGAUGUCUUCUGCUGUGAGUCAUGCAGCACUGGGACAUGCCUUGGGCCAGCCAACCUACAGAGCAUGUUUAGAGAGAUGUCCGAAAGCAUUGCACCAUGGGAUAUCCAAGUCAGCAUAACUGGUAUUCAGUCAGAUGUGUGGAGGACGUUUAUCUAGACCUUUCCUGUGUGAAACUAGACGUUCAUUGAUAAGAAAUGAUCAGAAGACUUGGUGGGAAAUUUCUCUCCAAAGGAUGAGGAUUCAUAAGUUUUUAUUUACGUUUUUUGUAUAAUUUACAGUUGCCGGGAGACAGUGUGUUGGUAGGAUAGGCCAUUGGAUUUAGAGGUAGAUUUCAGUUGUUGGACCAUCAUGUUAAGACUGCUCACCUUUCGCAUUUUUAAGAUCAAAUUUGCCUGAACGUUUGUUUUUGCUUUGAAAUAUAUGUACAGUAGCGUGCUGUGGGUAUUUAAAUGGUCACAAAAGCUCAUUUAAUGGACUGGUAGCAUUCAAGUUGACUCGCUGUACUUAUGUGAAUAAUGACAUGGUGUGAGACCUGCAGUACUUAAUACUUAAUAAGUGGUUUUAGUUUGCAGGCCAGUACCCGCCCCGGUGUAGGUCUGCUACAGCAAGCGCGAUGGCUUAUGUCACGAUUGUAAUAUUUAAUGAGCUACACCUGUUGCACCGGUCAGGAACACUGGGAUUCGGAGCAGCUCCCCGGAACGUCCUUCUACCCCGACGACAUGGCCUCGCUUCUUUUCAGGCGUGUAUUUUUUUGGAGCUAAGACUUGUGGUCUCCUUCGGUUUGGGUGGGGGACUGUUUGGGCGUGUCACGUGACAGGGUGCGGCCGCGCCUGACGGACAGUCGACCCUCCCCCCCCCCCGCAUCUCAGUGCUUGUGGCCCAAAGGGGGCGCGAUGGGGCCCAUUUGUGUUCCGUGCUUUUUUCAAGCAGCCGGGUAAGAAAUAGUCCCUCAGACCAAUCUGAGGUAUUUUCGAGGGAAAACGUUUCGCUUUUUAGUUGGGCCCCCCCUCCGGCGGUGCCAGAGCCCCUCGGAGGUGGUGCCAGGCAUGUCGGGCCAACAUAGACGCCGCUCUCCAAUCCCCCCUCCCACCCCGGUUUUUCCGGAAGACUCCGCCUCGGUCCUAGUGCACCCCAGUAGAUGUAUCGAUGCUGCACUUUUUAAAAUCCCCUCUUCCUCUUCGCCCCACUCGUAGUUCUGUGCCUCCCUUAUACGAGCCUCUCUCACAGGUUUCUUCCUCUCUUAACUCUGUAAACUAAAUGCAUCUUCAUCAUACUCCUAUCAUUUUUCUCAUUUUUUAAUUUUUAUUUUGCUCUGUAUAUAAACAUGAUUGCUGUGGACUGUGUAUUAUAUCGCUCUAACCCGUUUCUACCAUCCUGAAUGGGCAGUAGUUUAUUCCGUGUCUCAGACUAUUUGAGUGUUGGAGUGUUGGAGUCUUCAGAUGUUGUGUACACUUAACACAUUGUCGGAUAUUAAAUAAAUGUGAAACUUAUGCAACACC